AUGUUUUCAACCAAUGGAAUCUCAUCAGCAGCAACAUUGUCAAUGAAUAAUUUUAAACUACGUUAUGUUGCCAUACUUUGGUGAUGUCUGAUUACCUAAAUAUCAGAUACUAGAAAGAGCUAGUUUAAGAGCUCUUUCUCGUAAGAGGGUCACAACCGAUGCUGUGAUAAAAGAAUUUGUGGCACUUGAUUGUAUAAAUCGUAAUAAAGUCGGAAUUUCUGAAGGUGGAAUAGGAGUUAAUCAGCUUUCAAUUUUUGACUUAACGUUAUAUUGUUAUAUCACAGUACUGAUAUCCUUCUAUUAUUGUUUCUCGAUCCACCUUGCCAUACAUAUACAGAGCAAAAGUCUACGUUUCUAUGCUCUUCAGACGACCACAACGAUAAAAACCUUUAUUCCCCUGACAAUGCAUUUGAUAUUUCAGCGGCAGCGAUAGUGGCAGUUUUAUCGCCGUUGGCGGUGGUGAAGAAUAGGUUGAUUUUGGCGACGAUCUGGGAGAGGAACUUUGCGAGAACUUCGUUCCAUAUUUUUCUUGGUAAACUUGCAAUGACUGCCUUUUUGGGUGAUCUAAUCGCUAUUUGUCCACAGUUCAUGAAGCUUUGUUUUUUUUGCCAGCAUUACUAUCGUUACCAUGACUUUGACGUGCUUUGAAACUUGGAUGCAGAUGUCUCGAUGAUCCUUUAAUAAAUCACUCCUUCCGAUUCCAACCGUUGUCCUUUCAUUUUUAGUUACAAACGAUCUGGCUUUUUUUUAAUAUAUUGUUUAUAGGGGUGAACUCAGGGAUUUCAUUUUGUUCUCCUGGGACAAUGCUCACUUAUUUCAAAGUUUAUCGGAUUAUCCGCCGUUAUUAUAGCAAAAUUCAAGGCGGCGGACUUUUUCAGAACUUUUAG